AUGUCAACCAUCAAGGGCAGACCAAGCGACCCUCCGAAAUCGCGGAAGGUGACGCCUCCGUCCCCGUCAUAUAUGUCAAGUGAUCAGUUUGCCAAGUAUCUCGCCGACCUUCGAACGAACCGAGUAGCACGCCCAGGCGGGGCACGGCCUCAACCUGCAGGAGCUCGUCCAGCUCCCAGUCGAAUGAGCACUGGCCGCGCAAGCACUGGGCGCGAGAGCUUUGCCGAAUCUUCUCAUGCGGAAACCCAAUCUGUCCCUCCUGAGACCCGAGCUGAAAGCCCAAGUGUCGCUGCUGGCAGCAUCUCUUCGCGCUACUCCUCCCCAGCUAUUCGCAACCGAGAUUCUUACUCGUCCAAGUCGACCGUUCAGCCGUUGAAGCCCUCCGAGGUUGUUCCAACCGCCACGUAUAUCGAGCGGGGCCAACGAUGGAUGGAGAAAGAAGAGGCAUCUUCUUUGCGUGAUGCAAUGCAAGACAUGGAUCUCAAAAAGAGCUCGAAGAGAAACUCGGUCAAGAGUGCAGAAGAGUCGCCUGAUGAGGAGUCUCGAAUAUACAAUGCUGCUCUGGACGAAGCCGCCGAGCUUGUUUGGCAGCAUCAGCAUCCCAGCGCAGCUCCAGAACCUCAUGCUCCCUACCGAUAUCGAUCUCAUCUCAAAAAGAAUAGCUAUGCGUUUGCGCGUACUGCGAGCGUUGGGGGACAUCAUGAAGAUGCCGAAAAGCCAGUAUCAGGCUCUCGAUCAGUAUCAGAUAGCUCCACCGGAAGCGAGGGCUACUCUCGAGCUUCGGUAGACGCCCGUCAGCCAAAAGAACAAUCCCGUCAGAAAUCCAAACCAUAUGGUUCAAUGGGGGCCAGCUCCAGCUCGAAGCCAGACCACCGGCGUCGCAGCAGUAUGAAGCGAAACAUCAGUGGCGAGGUCCAGCGUCCGUUCUCGGGCGAUCAGAUCUGGGAAGAGCCUGAACCGCCUUCAAAAACAGGCACACCUCGACCAGGCGCGGCGACUGCAGAUGCACUGGCUAGCAGACCACACAAUCCGCUGAGCCGUUCCCAGCCUCCGUCUGAUACGAGUCCUGUCAAACCUCUGAACCGGGUUGAGAUCUACCGCAACCCGCCCACGCAGUCUCGCAACGCUCAGUAUACCACCAAUGCUGAAUUGCCCAGAACUUCGACGGAUGAUCAAGUGGAGAGGAAGAAUGGCGUGGAGGUUCGCAACCAGGACAUUCGCAAUGCCACAAGCAUGAAGAUAAAGGACCGCAGCCCCAAGCUCCCAGAGCCAACCGCCGUCAGCGACAACCCCGGGCGGCCAAUUGUAAGCUUUGACGCGCACUGGAAAGCUCCCGACGAGUCCACUGAUGCCAACUCAGGCCACACAGAAGCAGCGCCGCGAAGCGGGCUCCAGUCCAAGCCCACGUUCCAGCCCCCGGCUGUGGACAUCCCUAUUAUUGCUGUGGAAGAAAGCGGCCCGUCGCCAUCACGUCCGCAGCGCCCUACGACCAUUCCGUCAUUCAGUAUAGGAGCUGAUGACGGAUCAACUUCACGCCCGUUACCCCCUACGACCAUUCCAUCCAUCACCAUCGGUGCAGAUGAUGGAUCGGCUUCACGCCCUCGGCCCCCUACGACCAUCCCUUCUAUCAGCAUUGGAGAACAUGAUGGGUCAUCUUCACGCCCCGUGCCUUCGAUUAAUGUCCCUGAUAUCGCCAUCGACGAGCCGACCGAUUGUCCCAACGUCCCUGUGAUUUCCACACCUGAUAGUCGCCCGGCGGCAGCUCCAAGGAGCCUCCCCGACCCCAAGUUGUAUGGUCAGCGCCGCCCACGUGCUCCCGUUCCGGCGGGACGUGGCCACUGGUCGCCUGCCCCAGGAGCGGCGGCCCGACAGUCUGCCAAGUGUCACGAAUGUUUCCAUCCAAUCGAAGGAAGGUUUGUGGCUCUUGCUGGAUCGUCAGACAGGUUUCACCCACAAUGUCUGCGAUGUUUCACCUGUGGCAUGGGGCUAGAGGCAAUGGAGAUUAGUCCUGAGCCGGACCACAUGCGGGCGGAGCGUGUUGAUCGGAUCCGUCGUCGUGCAGCUGGUGAGAUCCUGGACGAGACUCCAGGUAUGACCAUGGCUGAGGACGGAGACGAUAGGCUCCGGUUUUUCUGCCACCUUGACUGGCAUGAGCUGUAUGCGCCAAGGUGCAAGCAUUGCAAGACUUCUAUUCUUGGCGAGCAUAUCGUGGCGCUGGGAGAACACUGGCACUACGGUCAUUUCUUCUGUGCCGAGUGUGGUGAUCCCUUCGAACAUGGAAUGACACAUAUCGAGAAAGAUGGUUAUGCAUGGUGUAUCAAGUGCCAGACCAAGCGUACUGAGCGCCGUGCCCCCAAGUGCAAGAAAUGCCGUACUGCUGUGAUUGGGCAGUACAUUCAGGCCUUGGGUGGCGAAUGGCAUGAGCACUGCUUCCGCUGUGCUGAAUGCCAGGGCGGGUUUGACGAUGGUCAGAUCUUCCCAAAGGAGAUCCCCGGUGGAAUGGAGGUACUCUGCACUGGUUGCAGAGCCAGGGAGCUUAAACGAUAA